GGCCACCCCGGUGUCAUGAAUUAGUACUGAUCAUUCCUCUCUUCGCCAAUAUUCGUCAUCGUCAUAAUGGAGUUGGUGAGCCCUACGACAGUCGAUACCAGACCUCGACUUGGCCAUGCUUGCACCCGCUGCUCCGAGCGCAAAGUCAAAUGCGACAGGCGACAACCAUGUGAGUCCUGCAUGAGACAUAGUGCGGAUUGUAUUUUCAGACCAUUGCCUCCGCGUAAACGGAGGAAGAAGCGCACGACCGAAGAAGCUUUGGUACAGCGCCUUCACAUGUACGAGGCGCUACUUGAAAAGAACGGUGUCGACCCCAACACCCUGGCAAUGUCAUCUGCAGUCGUGACUUCAUCCCAGACAAGUCAUCAAAGUCCAAAGGGCAAUACCCCGACAGACUUCAUAUCACCGGACGCGAGGCCUCUCAGUCCAGAAGGGGCAAUCUCAAAGCCUCGUUUGUUGCAUGAACAGGGCCGCUCCAAGUAUCUCAACAAUGGCCUCUGGACCCGAGUGAUAGAAGAGUUCCGUGAAAUAGGCGAUGCGCUGGGCAACUCAUCCGACGAAGAUAACGGCCCCGACGAACUAGCCGAAGAAGCAGCGGACGUUGUUCUCGGAUCCCUUGAAACGCCAGCCAGCAUUGACGAACUACACCCAUCCACUGAGCAAACCAUGGAGCUAUGGCGAAUUUACUUGAGAAACGUUAGUCCUGUCUUGAAGCUUCUUCACGCGCCCACGACUGAACAAACCAUUCAAACCGUCAUGGUAAGGCCCGAGAAAAUGUCAAGAAGUUUCGAAGCACUCCUCUUUGCCAUCUAUAGUGCUGCGGUAAUGUCAAUGCGCGAUGAAGACUGCGAACAACGAUUCGGUCAAACCCGCAAGCACCUGCUCUCGCGAUAUAUACGUGCUACGAAACUUGCCCUGACACGCGCGAAGCUGAUGGGGACCUCGAAUUUGACAGUUUUGCAGGCUUAUCUGCUACACCUCGUAGCUGUCCGAGAGUUUUAUGACAGCCGAACUCUGUGGAAUAUGCUGGGUGUUGCCGUCCGCAUUGGCGAGGGCAUGGGGCUUCACCGUGAUGGAAGUACUUUGGGUCUACCGCCUUUCGAUGUCGAAAUCCGACGUCGCAUAUGGUGGGAGAUGAGCCUACUCGAUCAACGAUCUGGGGAUCUGAGUGGUUAUGGCAGGAUUGGCACUUUCGACGGAAGCACCAACAUACCCAAUUGUCCUGCCAAUGUCGACGAUGACGACCUCUUCCCCGCAAUGACUUCAAUCCCAGAGGAGUCCACCAAAGUCACGGAGUCUCUGUACUGUGCCUUGCGAGCUGAAAUGUUUUCGUAUUGGUCGAGCUAUGCAGGCCGAAAGAAGAAAGAAAGAAUGUCUGGAGACCUCCAGGGAAGGAUUAAAAGCCAGGAUGAAUUGAAAGACAGAGACAAGGCAAUCGAAGAAUUCGAGCAGAUGAUUGAGUCAAAAUAUGUUCGAUACCUCGAUCCUUCGCAGCCGCUACAGCUCCUGAGUAUGCUUUUGGCCCGGUCAGUUGUGAGCAAAGCCCAGUUCAUGGUUCAUCACCCGAGGAGAUGGAAUGGCUCGCAAAGCAUUCCAGAUUCGGAACGGCAGUUGGUGUGGCAAGUGUCUGUCGGACUCUUACAACAAUACAACAUGAUGCGUUCGAAUCCUUCCCUGAAACGUUUCUCCUGGUACACGGCCUACUACUUUCCAUGGCAGACAUUUAUCCAUGUAUUGGACACGGUGAGGGUCACUCCGCUCAUGGCGGGUGCUUCGGACAUAUGGCAGAUCAUUGAGGAGACGAUUGAGAACUUUCCAAAUUUGAUCAUGAAGACCAAGGAGCCGCCUUGUGUGGCAGUGAGUAAGUUGUGCUUGACGGCGUAUGAGGCAUAUGUCGAAAGCUUGAAGAAGGAGGGCAGGUUUGUCCCAAGAACUCCAGCAUUUGUAAACGACCUUAGGCAGCAGCAAGACAACCUUCGACAGCUUCAUGCUCAGCGGAAACGAUCAGGAAUCCGCCACACCGCAGGUACUGCUUCUCCUCCUCCGGCCGAGCGCGGUACGCAAAAGUCAAUGCAGAAGGACGCGGCUUCUUCGUCGAUUCAGAGUGGUAUGCAAACAACAGCCGAGGCUCCAAAUGCUUGGUCCGCUGGCGGUGUUGAGUCUGGGUAUGCAACAAUGUCAACAGACAUGGAGGGAGCGGACGAACCGUUUCGCCUUAAUCCGGGAAAUGAGAUCGAUAUUUUUGCGGACCAAGCGAUCGACUGGUCACAAUGGGAUACAAUUCUUGGUGAUCCGUCUCUAAUGCCAAUGCCGAUCAUGACGGACUCCCAGGAACGAGACUGGUCCCUUGCACGAUAUUUCGCAGAUUGAUCUCAUAUUAUUAUUCGUCUCGUGCGACAAUAACGUACUGUGACACUCGACAACCUUUGAACUCUCAACGAGUUAGGCGCGGCCUUCUGGUGCUGGUGUGAAAGUGCAG